AGCGCCAUGGCGGCCCCGGGGAGCCCGCGCGGCCCGCUGUGACCCCCCGCCCGGCCAUGGCGGCGUCCGCGCCGCGCCCCUCGCCGCCUCGGAGCCCGGAGCCGCGGGGAGAGGAGGACGACGGCGCCUCGGACCUCGGGGCCAGCGACUCGGCGUCCUGCACGUCCGGCAGCGACGAUGACCUGGAGCCCGAGUGGCUGCACGGCGUGCACAGGCGCGGGGAGCUCUUCUACCUGGAGCUGGACGAGGCCGAGGAGGACGGGGGCGCGGCCGUCCCGGGGGGCCGUGCUGUGCGCUUCAGCGAGGCCGAGGUGGUGAUCGCGGUGGGCGAGGACACGCCCCGGGGACCCCCUGGCCUGCGGCGCCUGGCCAGGGCCCUGCGGGGCCGCCGCCUCCUGCCCCGGCGCGCGCGCGCCCCGCCCGUGUCCAUCCUCAAGGCGUCUCCGGGCGCACGGGCCCCGCCGGCCAGCAAGGAGGUGAAGCUGCAUGUCCACCCGCGGGCGCCCGUGCGCCGGCCCCUCGAGACGCUGCUGGGCAUCGUCCACCGCGGGCGGCGCCGGUCCGCGCCUCUGCAGGUGCACGGGCUGCUGCCCGGAGGCCCAGCGCUCGGGAGUGGCCAGGUGCUCAUAGGGGACGUCCUCGUGGCCGUGGACGACGUGCCGGUGACCACUGAGAACAUCGAGCGGGUUCUGGCCAGCAUCCCGGGGCCCACGCAGGUGAAGCUGACCUUCGAGAAGGCCCCGGCUGCGAAGGGAAGCUCAGCCCCGCCAAGCCCCAGGCAGAUGCCCGCCGGCCCCGGGGAGCUGGUGCGGCUGCUCGGGGGAGACCAGGACGGGGACGCGCAGCGGCGGGCGCUGGCUGAGCCGCACGUGGCCAUGUGCCUCUCGCUGCGGCUUGACUCCGAUGACGCCAAGGACGAGCAGGAGAUCCUGUACCUGUUCCCCGCGACUGACGCGGCGCAGAAGCUGAAGAGUGUGCGCGGCGUCUUCCUCACGCUCUGUGACAUGCUGGAGACGGUGACGGGCACGCCGGUCACCAGCUCGUCACUGCUCCUGGACGGGAGGCAGGUGCACGCGUCCUACUGCAGGGAGGGGGACACGCUGCUGGUGCUCAGCCUGCCCGCCCGGCGGGCCCCCCUCCCACAGCUGCGGAGCAUGACGGAGGCGGCAGUGCGGACCCUGCGUUUCAUGUUCGGCUCGCUGGAGAGCGCCUUUGGCCAGGCCGAGAACGCUGCGCACCUGGACCACUUCUUCGCCUUGUUCUUCCAAAGGGCACUCCAGCCCGACACACAGCACUGCGGGGCCGUGCUCCUGGACACGCUCCCCGGGGCCCACUGGCUGCCCCUCCCUCAGGACAUCAAGGUGGAAUUAGACACAAUAUUAAGUGACCUGGAGGCUGCAGAUUUUGAAGAAUUGUCCGAGGAUCAGUGUGACAUGAGGCGGCUCUACACGAUUGUGGGGACUUCGCUGUUUUACAAGGGCCACCUUCUCUGCAGCCACCUGCCCAGGGAUCACCUCCUGGAAGUCACCGGCUACUGCCAUCACUUGGGGCUGCUGCCUCUGGCUGCGAGGCGGAGGGUCGGCCAGCUGGUGGUCUGGAGAGAAGUCUUCCCUGGGCGCCACCUGCAGCCUGCCAAGGACGCCGAGGCCGACGCCCCCCAGGAACCCGAUGGCAGAAGCUUCCUGCUGGUCGUCGGCCUGGGUCACUGCUUGCUCUCGGUGCUCCUGGAGGCCGGCGGCUGUGCGUCCCCGGCCGUGGACAGCCCUGGCCCCGACUGUGUCUACGUGGACCAGGCGCGCGCCACGCUGUGCCAGCUGGAGGCGCUGGAGGCCCGCAUCAGGCAGCAGCUGGCCGCCGCGCCCGGCCCGGUCUUGUCCUGCGCAGACUGGCUCCUGGCCGGACCCCACGAGAGUGCCACCCUGACCCCAGGGGCUACCAGGGCCGCCGCAUCACCCACAUGCCGGAGGACGCUUUUCGGGGACUGUGCGGCCAAGACGCGGGGCAGCGGGGGUACAGAGUGGGCGGACCCGAGCCCCCAGCCCACGCCUGAGGCAGAAGAAAGUGGGACUUUGCCCCAGGCCCCGAGGAAGAAGCCUGCCCUCCUGAGCCCGUUUCAGCUGGGGCCCUUGAAGAAGGACCCUCCGGAGAAGGCCGCAGGACUGGACAGCACCCUGAAGCUGACUUCGGGCCCCGAGAACACCCUUUUCCACUACGUGGCCUUGGAGACCGUGCAGGGGGUCUUCGUCACCCCGACCCAUGAGCAGGUCGCGCAGCUCGGCGGCACUGUGCACCCCCGGCUCCUCCAGAACUUCCACCGCUGCUGCCUGGCCAUCCGGGCCGUGUUCCAGCAGGCGCUGGCGAAGGAGAGGAGCACGUCGGCUGGAGGCGGCCCCCCGGCCACAGCCCCUCGGAGCCCCUGGCUGCACCCCGUGAAGGAGCACGGCCUGCUGUUCGAGUGUCCCGCAGAGGAUGGGCUGCACCCCAGGAAGGACCCCCCGGCUCUCGCAUACUGGGUGGUGGGGCGGCUCUUUCUCCAGCCCAAGCCUCAGGAGCUCUACGUCUGCUUCCAUGACUCGGUCACGGAGGUCGCCAUCGAAAUGGCUUUCAAGUUGUUCUUUGCACUGACCUUCCCAGGUAACCUGGAGCCCAGCCUGGCCGCCCUGCCGGGGCGACGCCGCAGCACGUGGGAAGGCGCGGCCGAAGGCCACGUGGUGCGGGAGGGCGGGGCCGAGGGCCACGUGGUGCGGGAGGGCGGGGCCGAGGGCCACGUGGUGCGGGAGGGCGGGGCCGAGGGCCACGUGGUCCCCUGGGGGGCGGGGCAGUCCCGCGUGGGCUCUCGUGGUCCCACGUGGCCGCCCGCCCAGUCUCGCGGGAUCCCGCCAAGGUCUCGCGUCGCCGUCUUCCGCCCGGCCUCGCGGCCUGCCCCGUGA